UGUCGCUCAAACGAUGGAAAUGUGCCGCCAUCGUGUGAAACUAUCCAGCUAAGACAAUUCUUAGUUUGAGAUAUUGCAAAAAAGCAGAAGUUGAGAUGGAAACGUUGCAAGACGCUGAUCACGAGAGCACUUUACGACAGCGGUUUGAGGACCUUCGGAACUACCAGUCCCUAUGUGAUGUGACGCUGGUCAGCAAUGAUGGGCACAAGUUUGAGGCGCAUUAUCUCUACUUGGCCGUCAACUCUGCAUAUUUCCAUCAAGAGUUGUCUCUCUUUAGAAAGGGUUCUAUGCUGCCUUCAACUGUCUUUAUAAAUAUUGAUGUGCCCUCCAGUAUUUUGGGUGUUCUUUUAGAUUAUGUGUACACUGGAGAACUUGCUGUCACAAAAGAAACUAUACAAGAAAUUGAAAACAUUGCUGUGAAACUUAAAUUUGAAGAUGCUCAAAGUUUACUCUCUAAAUCAAAGUACUAUUCCUCUGUAAGAAAAAGCUGUUCAGAAGAAAUAGGAGUUUUACCUAAAACUCUUUUAAAGGGUGUGUUUACUCCAUCUAUGGAUACUGCAUGGGAUGCCAAAGACAGUGAAGAACAGUAUGAUCAAGACUCAAAUACAACUGAUGAAGAAGUGUUACAAGACGCCUAUCAGGACUUGGAUGCAGGGCCAGGAUCUGUGAAGAAAAGGAAAUCAUCACCUGUCAAAUCUACACCAAAAAAGAAUGUUUUUAAGUCUGAAAAAUGUUUUGAACUUAUAGAAGACAUUCCAAUAGAGACAAUGAGCGGAAGAAAGAAAAGAACAACAAGCAGGACUGCAAAAGACAAAUCAGUUGCUGCUGCAGAACUCCCAAAACGUAAAUCUGCCCGAGGUUCCAAUGCUGGUGGAUCUUCUUUGUUCAACUCUGAUGUGAGUAAAGGUUCAGGUGCAAGAAGAUCUGUGAGGAAUUUGUCAAAGGUUGAGCAGAAGUCUAGCACAUCUGGACAGACUGGCAGCCCCAAGAGGACAAGACCAGUCCGACAAAAGAUGGCUAUAGAACCAGGCAAGAGACAGUCUUCCAGGUUACAACAGACUUCAUGGAGUAGACUGAGCUAUGCCAGCACUCCAGAAGUAUCUGAUGAAGAACUAGAGGGUGAAGAAGGGAAUUACGAUUUUAUUGAUGAUGAUGAAACCCUCCCUGAACAAACCACUGACUCCUUCAAUGAGCAUGCAUCUUUAGAAGACUUUUCUGAGUGUGAGGGGCAGGAUGCCAUUGUUAAAAAAGACUCCUAUAAACAGGCCUUUUCUGGUACAGAUCAUAAGGCUGUGGAACUGCCAUCAAAGAAAUCAAGAGCCAAGUCCAAAUCUAAAGACUCUAAGAAUGUUAGUUUAAAAAGUAAACGGCCAAAUCGAACAAAGCGCCCCCCAAAGAGAUAUGAUCCAUCUGAUUCUAGUCCAAAGAGAAGAAAAAAUAAGGUUUCUUCAAAGCAGCUGGAACUGUCCUUUCAACCAUUAUCCAAAAAAAUCUCCCUGAGGUACCUGACAAGCCGUUGUACCCGGUGGGCAUUCGAGGCUUCCUCCUCCAUGUGUCACCAUGACUACGACAAGAAGACUUGGCAGUGCUGCCGCUGCCCAGAGAGCUUCUCCAUGUACAGUCGAUGGAGACUGCAUUACAGAUCUGUCCAUUUAGCGUUUAUGCUUUUGAGGCUGAAGAAGAUUAGAAACAUGAGCAUAUUGAAACUGAAAAGGCCACCAAAGAAGAGGAAUAGGUUGUCUCGGGGCAGUGUUGUAAUGAUGAACUCGGGCAAGGUUCGGAAGAUGCCGGGGCCGAAGUGUACACUGUCGAGGGCUGCCAUGGUCAAGUGUAUAGAGUGUGGUGUAAUGCUGGCCUCUCGGGCCUCCCUCAAGAACCAUCUGCUGCAGUAUCACAACUUGACACGACAACAGGUAGAACGCCACAAGUCUCUGCUGGUGUGCUGUGAGGUAACAGGAUGUGCUUUUGCCAACAUUGACAUUCAGAAGGUGGAGCGCCAUGUUCGUGAGAGCCACCCGGAGGUGCGCCAUCCCUGUCCUGAGUGUCAGCGGUCCUUUGUCCGCCGAGACCUCCUCAAUCAACAUGUUCUACGGAUCCAUCAGAACCAGACCAAGUUUAUGUGUUCCAGGUGUGGUGAACGCUUCAAGAAGUCCUGUGAUCAGAAGAUCCACGAACAACAGGUCCAUGGAGUCGAUCACAACUUUGUGGUGUACAGCUGUAAUGUGGAGGGUUGUGACUACCAGACAAUCACUGCCCGAUACCUGGACGCUCACAAGAAGGCCAAACACUUUGACAACAGAAUACAAUGCUCCUACUGUCCCACAAAAGUCAAAACCAAACUAGCGCUACAAAUGCAUGUCAAUGCCCUGCACCUGAACAAACGUCCGUACCUGUGUGAGAUCUGUGGCUCGGGGUUCUGUGACCCGUGGACUCUGCAGCGACACAUUGCAUUCCGCCACAGCACGACACGGGAAUACUCAUGUGACCACUGCCAGUAUGCUUGCAACAACAGGAUCCAGUUCAUGAAUCACACCUUCCAGCAACACGGCGUGAAGGCUGAGUUUGAUAAACGUCAGGAGCAGACUUGCCCCGUCUGCAGCUACAGAGCCCUGUCAGCCAGCAGGAUGAAGGCCCACAUUCGCCAUAUUCACGCCGACCCACACAAGUACACCUGUGAAAUAUGUGGCAAGGGCUUCAAGAACCGCCACUAUCUCCGCGACCACCAAGUGAUCCACUCCGACUCCACCUACCAAUGUCCGCACUGCGACUACAGCCCCUGGACCAGCGGCAAGCUCAAGAAGCAUAUCCGUACACAGCAUAUAUUCAAGGACGUCAAGCCGUACAGCUGCCCGUAUUGCUCCUAUGCUUGUGCCUUAAGUGGAAACUGUCGGAAGCAUGUAGUACACAAGCACCCAGGGUUUGAUGUUAAGUACAAUACUGACAAGGACAUGCUAGCGUACAUGAGGAAAGUGGAGUCCGAGCUGCAUACAGGCAAAAUUAAAGCAACAACAGCGAAGAAGGCCUAGUGUCAAGUCAGACUCUCAGAGACUUAAGAGCAGUAGGGUAGCCUUGUGAUUAGUCCAUUGGCUUGUCAGGCUAAAGACCCAUGUUCAAUUCCCACAUUGGUACAGCGUGUGAAGCCCAUGUCUUGUCUUCCAUAAUAAGGCUGGAAUAUGGCUAAAUACAGUGUCAACCAAUACUCACUCAGUGACUGAAAUGGUAAUUUGGCUGUUCAGUUGACAGCAGUUACCAUGGCUACAACACCUUACUUCAAGUUACAGUCAGAUCAUCAGUUCAGUCUGGUGUUAGCUUAUAUCUCUUCUAUCAACAGCUUCCAAGAUCAUUCACACCACUAAUAUGGAUGUCUAGUUCCAGACUGGCACUGAAGCAGACUUUUCUCAUUUGUAAUAUAGUUAGAACCUGAACCUAUAGGAUGUCCUCCUCCAGGGGAUGUUGCAGCAGAAGUAGUUCAGUUCAUGCAGACUGUCAUACGGAAAGGAAACGUUUGAUGAACUGGUUGAAGAACCACGUGAGCACCUGCUUUGCACUGCAGCAGAAUGAGGAGGAAGACAAGAGAAAAGAGUUCAUGUUAAAGACAAGAGGUAUCUUUUAGAGCUUGGAUAGGUAACUCUGGUACUCCGG